CACAUUACCCCAACAGACGGUGGUGGAAAGGGCACCACGCCCUUUCGUAUACUCCAUUUGGACUGCGAGGGUUGAAAAACCCUCACGCUUUUCGCCCCUUUCUUUUCUUCCUCAAUAAAACAAGGCAAAGGAGGCGAAGAGGCAAUCCCUCAAACACUUCUCCUCUAUGGCCACUACACUUCUCUCCCUCUUCCUCCUCCUCGCCGCCGUUUCCUCCUCCGCCGCCGCCGACUCCUCUCUAUUGCCGGUUAUCCUCAACGCCUGCAAGGCCAGCCGCUUCCCCGACUCCUGUGCCGACCGCCUCUGCAAUUCAACCCCUCCCAUUCCCCCCAAUGCCUCCGCCUCCUACAUUAUUCUCACCAUCUUCAAUACCUCCCUCUCCGAUCUCUUCACCGCUAGCUCCACCGUUCAAUCCAUCCUCGAUUCAUCCGCCUCAAACCUCAAUCGCACCAACGCCGCGCGUAUCUGUCUCGAGGUCCUUUCCUAUUCUACUCAUCGCCUCUCCGCCGCCGCCUCUUCCGACCUCCUUUCCCCCGAUUCACGCACCUGGGCCGGCGCCUCCCUCCUCUACCAAUACGACUGCUGGUCCGCUCUCAAAUACGUCAACGGAACCUCCCAGGUUGCCGCCGCAAUGACCUUCCUCACCGACCUCAGUAAUCGCACCAGCGACGGCCUCUCGAUGCUGGCCGCGCUCCACCGCUACGGCGCCAAUACCUCUCUCUGGGGCCCGCCACAGACCGAGCGCGAUGGGUACUGGGACUCGCCGUCGGAGAUCCCGGCGAUCGACGGCUACCGCGGGGUUCCGGUGGACCUGCCGGCGAAUUUCACUGUAUGUAAGGACGAAGGGUGCGAUUAUAAGACGGUCCAGGCGGCGGUGGAUGCGGCGCCGGCGUACGUCUCCGGCGGGCGAUUCGUGAUCUGGAUCAAGGCGGGCGUCUACGACGAGAUCGUGCGGGUGCCGAUCGAGAAGACCAAUUUGGUAUUUGUCGGGGACGGCAUGAGCAAAACUGUCAUUACGGGUGACCUUAAUGCCGACCAGGUCGGCGUCACAACCUAUAGCACCGCCACCGUCGCUGUGGCCGGCGACGGGUUCAUGGCCCGGGACCUAACAUUCCAGAACACGGCGGGGCCCGACGCCCAUCAAGCCGUCGCCUUUCGAGCCGAUGGCGACUUCACCGUCCUCGACACAGUGGAGCUCUCCGGCCAUCAAGACACACUCUACGCCCAUUCCCUCCGCCAGUACUACAAAUCCUGCAUAAUCUCCGGCACCGUCGACUUCAUCUUCGGCAACUCCGCCGCCGUAUUCGACGACUGCCUCAUCAUCAUCGUCACCCGCCAAUUCAGUCCCACCAAAGGCGAGUCCGACACCGUCACCGCCCACGGCCGGACCGACCCGGCCCAACCCACCGGCUUCGUCUUCCACAAUUGUCAGCUGAACGCCUCCGAAGAAUACUGGAGUCUCUACAAGAAGAAUCCUUCGCUCCACCGCGUGUACCUUGGGAGGCCAUGGAAGGAGUAUUCGAGGACCGUUUUUAUCAGCUGUUAUCUGGAAGAGUUCUUGAAGCCGGAGGGGUGGUUGCCAUGGUCGGGGGAUUUUGCGCUUGAAACGUUGUACUAUGGGGAGUUCGAGAGCAGGGGACCUGGAGCCAAUGCGGCGGCGAGGGUGCCGUGGAGUAGCCAGAUUCCGGCGGAGCAUGUCGGGGUUUAUUCAGUGGAGAAUUUUAUUCAGGGGGAUCAGUGGAUUCCGACGGCGUCGUCUCGGUAAUCCAUUUGGAAGAUUAAUAUGAUAUAUUAGUAAAUUAAUGUUUGUUUUAUGAUUUA